CCAUUAUGGAUGGAAAAGAUGUUUGUGUUUCACAACUGUCUCUUCUUUUUCUAUUGUUGUUUCUACAACUGUCUCUUCUUCGGACGUGAGCUUGAUUGUUGCAGGUUGUAUUGUGAAACAGUAUUAUCGUGUUUUUUUUAAUUCUUUAUGCUAGGAACGGGAACUCUGUGCAUGAAUGCAACAGGUCGGUCAUCCAACAAUGCAUGAGAACAUGAGAAAAAGUAUUGAUCUGUCUCUCUUCCUUGCCAGCAGUGAUCACUAUUUGGGAUUCUUUUUCUCGUGCAUUGUAUCGAGAAGAUUAAUGCUGGUAAGGGUGUUUGAUAUAAUGCGGUGUUAGUAAGGGUAGGAUUUUAAUGUGGUCAGGUGGAGAAUUGAAAGUGGAGCAAUGUAAAGUUUAUUUGUGGAAGAAUGGAUUGCGAUUAACGGGGAAGAAAGAAUUUCUUAUCGAUCGGAUUAAGGAACAUCUUGGGAUCAUAAAUGGAAGUGGAGAACAGAAGUAUCCGGCAUCUAGCUUUGUGUAUAACUAGGGCGUUGAGAAAUGAAAGAAAUACUGUCCAAGAGACGAAAAGAAGGAUGUCACCGGACGAAUUCUUGAUGAAACUACCUGCUCAACUUCAGAAUCAACUCCCAGCAGCCUGCACAAGACAACCCAUUCAGAUUGGACAACAACACCGGACAUAGAAAAGCAGGAUGUCCAUGACGUGUACGUGUGGGAUGCACCAAAUCUUCCUACCAAAGAUGGUGUUCACCGAGCUCUGCAUGAACACCACGAUGUUCUCGAGGAUGCUUCAGUUGUCCACCUUGGAGACUAAACAGAGAAGCAAGAACUAAACAAAACAAAAUGCGGAAGAGUUCAGGACAUAGGUGAACUUCUCAACCCAUUUGUCCUCUCCUGCUAGGAGGUGUUGAGAAUGAAAGUAAUUCUGUCCAGAAGAAGGAAAGAAGGUUGCCACCAGAUGAAUUGGAGCCGAAAAACUUGUUGCCACCAAUUGCUCCACUUCAGAGUCAACCUGCUUUCCCACCGAAGAUGGUUCUCACUGAGGUCUGCAUGAAUACCACGAUGGCAUCAAGUAUUACAGAACAACAUCACAAUAAAGGAUAUCAGGUUCCCAAUGCCAACCACAGGCAGAAUUACAACCAGAGGUUAAGAGUGUAUUCCACCAAGUCCAUGAUCUGUCAACUAUUAGGAGCAGCUGGUGCUGUGGAUGCUGUUGCACUAGUGCAGGCAACACGGACGGGUUGGGUCUAUCCAAAUGUCAAUCUUGAAAAUCCUGAGGCAGGCGUGGAUACAAAGGUGCUGGUUGGCCCGAAGAAAGAGAGACUUGACAUAAAGGUGGCGUUAUCAAAUUCAUUUGGCUUUGGAGGCCACAAUUCACCAAUUUUAUUUUCCCCUUGCAAGCCAUAACUGGAGUUAGCAACUUUAACCAUGGACUUAAAAGUGGAGGAAAGAGUAAGCAUAUUCAGUUUUCUUGUAGUUUCGGAUAUUGAGAUUUGAGGAAAAAGGAACAAGUGAAAGGUUUGGGGUGUUGUUGAAGUUGAAGGCUCUCAUUAGUUAUUUUCGCACCCUCAAUUCCUUUCUUUCCCUGGUUUGAUACAUGAGGAAAAAUAUAUGUGAUGUACCAACUUAUUAGGUUCAAUUUUUCUGUAGCGCGAAUCUGAAAAGAAAUUUGUGUAAAACAUUCUCUGAAAAUUGUAUGAGAAAUGGUCCCAUACAUAGUCUGGAA